CUUUCUCCACCCUGAUACUUACAAUGGAAACCCUGCCGAUUGAGCUUGGAGAAAUGAUAUGCUCUUGGUUCAUUCCAGGUUUCGACAAUACGGAAGUCAUGAAGGCCCCGGUUUCCUCCAAGAGUGAACGCAUUGAUAUUUAUCACUUUCGCUUGACUAGCCGUUCCCUCAACGCUGGGGCAUCAACGGCUUUUGCGAAGAUUGUUGAAGAUAUCCCAACAAACUGCGAAGAGCGUAGUCUAUCACGAUUAUCGGAGCUUGUCGCGCUGCCACAUGUAGGCAAACGCAUCACUUGUCUAACAUUCAAUACCUCCAAGCUUUCCUUGAAGCAGAACAUAAGCGAAAGAGAACUUCGAGACCUUAUGAUGUCAAGACAAAAUUGGACCAUGACGCACCUUAGACAAGCGCUAGUGCUAGUUUUACGCAAAACACCGUGGCUUCGUUGCCUCAGGGCUGUUCUGGAAGCACCCAAUAUCUUUGAAUGCCUGACAUACGACAACAACGAGAGCUACAGGGAUGGUAUGAUAUGGGCAUCCAAAGAAAAAAUCUGGAAGGUAGUGACACAAAAGCUUGCGGAUCCUAUGCACUACUUAAUGGAAGCUAUGGAUGUCACGAAUCUCCGCAAAACACUCCAGAGUUUUAUUAUACUGGUACCAUCUUUCCAAGAAAUGUCACGCGAAGCGGCACCUUGUGAGGGUAGUGAGACCGCAUCGUUCCCAAGCCUCACACAUAUAACCUUCGCUCUAAGCUAUCGCUUGAUAUCUAGUGUUAGAUUUCGACUCAGCUCUGACAGUCUCACUUCACUACACAUCAUCCUAGACUCAACACGCUACGUAAACGCUGACGUGUGGACUUGGACCAGCUCUUCAGAUUUUCCGCCUAGACUACGCUCAUUCACAGUUGGAAUGAGCGGUCGUGAUAUCAAGACGGAUUCCUUACUGAGGUGCAUCAGUCAAGUGUCUAGUCACAUUGAGCUUCUAUCUUUGCUAGUCAUUAAGAAUAUCACUGCGAUUGACUUGGAAUGCGCCGGUAGCAUUGAUACCCUUUGUGGCGACGGCCGUUUCGAAGACGUUGUUUUUGAAAAUGUCAAGUAUGCUGUUUUAUACGAAACGGGCUUUGACUUUGGUGAUUUUGGAAUGACCGAGCCAACAGAGCCGGAUAAAGACUGGAAAGCAUUCCGUAUGCUAUGCGAGCGGGCGGACCGUGUCCGAUUGCGGACUGAUAUGUUCGAAAGGUCAAUCGAGAAGUUGGAGUGGGAGAUAUAGAACAUAAGCAGAGCGCCCGAUCCACUGGUGUUGAAAAGU